UUUUAAACGGGGAUAUGUACGACUAUUGGAGGGUUCAAGGCAAUAAUUUUAUGGGAGCUCGAGAGGAAAAAUAAAUGACAUGCUUUUAUCAAUAGCAACGCUGAUUAUUUACAAAUCGAUCUAGAACGGCAAUUAUGCUUAAGGAUAGAAAUUUUAGCAGACGUGACAAAUCGAGAGAUAGCAAUGGAAACCAGAUUUUCGCAGGUGUUUCCAAUUCAAAAAGAUAACAUACAUUGGGCCUAUCAAAAUAAUACAAACACUAAUCACAAAAUAAAGGAUUUCAAUUUUUGUUUCAGUUUUAAACCUGUAGAUGUCUCUUGAAUGUCCCUUUCAGAUUUAACCACGCCCACUUAUCCAGAUGUAAAUAAAACCAUGCUUACCAUGCUCAGGAUUUUUGUAGGAUGCUUUAAAAAAACUGCACAAACCUGUUGACAAUGACGACGACAGCAAGAAGUGAAAUUUCAACUUACAAAAUUGCUCUGAUCGCCGCUGUUGGAAUGGCUGGUUUUACUUAUUUCUUUGGCGGAAGCAAAUUGAGUAAAGUGUACAGGGCGUCGCUGUCGUGGUUCAAGACCAAAUACACACUGAGAGCUUCGCAAAUCAUUGUUGUCGAGUCGAGGAAAGAGUGCUCCGAAGUUGUCAAAACUAUUUUAAAUGAAUGCAAAGAGUUGCGCUAUGUUGGAUUUGACUGCGAAUGGGUUCCAAAUAAGGUGAAAGGCCAGCGAAGAAACCCUGUGGCUCUCCUUCAGUUGGCCACCCCAAGUGGAACGUGUGCCCUGUUCCGAUUGAACAAAAUUGGAUUUUUACCUGAGGAUGUAAAAGUGGUUUUGAGAGACUCAUCUAUUUUGAAAAUUGGAGUUUCGACGCAGAGUGACGCCAUGCUCUUGGGCCAGGACCACAAUUUAGUCGUCAGAGGCUGUCUUGAUUUGAGGGCGUUGUGCAAAGACGAAUCUGGCCUUGCUCAGUUGGCACAAACAGUUCUAGGGGUAAAAAUGCAAAAGAAAAAACGCAUAUCCUGUUCGGAUUGGGCCGCUGAAGAACUUUCGGAAGAGCAGACUUUGUAUGCAGCUCAUGAUGUCCUGGUGUCUACAUUAAUUUUUUCCAAAGUCACUGGCUUGCAUGAAGAGUCUAUUUUAAAAAUUAAGAGAACUGAAAAGUCCUGGCAUGAAGUUGCGACCAGUUGUGACCACAUCAUAGAUGUGAUACCAAAGAGACAAAGUCUCAAAAGUUCUUCUCAACCUUCAAAUCCGAGCAACCCACAAGUAUUAAAAAGGAAGAUGAGUACGAAUGCUUUUCCUGUUGCUAAAAAUCCCAUCUAUGACAAUUGUGUACUUUUGGCCCCGGAUAAUGAAAUCUUGGCCACUUGCCAAAGAAGCAAAGCUGAGUGGUAUUUAAGCUGCAGUCUGGCCGAAGUCGUUGAAAAUGUUAAUGGAGCAUCCUUGACAGUGAAAUUAUUGUUCGAACCAAAAGACAGAAGUGGCAAGGAUGGCCGAAACUAUUACGCUUCGAUCAAACAAAACAUUUGUGUUGUUUGCGGCAGUGAGAGCAACCACGUUAAAAAAUGCAUCGUCCCUCGCGAGUACAAAAUGCAUUUUCCAGAAAGGGAAAAGGAUCACAAAUCUCAUGACGUCCUAAUACUGUGCUUGAGGUGCAACAUUAAUCUUGACUCUAUACAAAUAAAUCUGAGAAAGAACCUGGCUGAUAAAUGCAACGCACCUAUCGUUUCCAAAAAUCAUUCUCCUUUCACAUACGACCAUAAGUUGAACAAGGUCAGGUCUGCAGGUCGAGCUUUGACGAAAUCAAAAGAGCACGUAGACAAAAUACCUCUCCUUAAAGUAACAGAACUUAGGUGUGUUAUCGCUGAACACUUCGGAGUUUCGGAGAUGGAAUUGACUGAAGAGCAUUUGAAAAUGGCUAGUGAAAUAAAUAGCAGCUCUGAAAAUGAUGAUUACAAAUCGCACGGCUACCUUGUAGUUCAGCACUUUCAAUCGAGGGAAGCGCCAAAUGGAAUAUUCAAACUGGAGCAACUGUGGAGAUCUCACUUUCUGCAGCACAUGAGACCCCAAUUCCUUCCUGAACUCUGGUCCAUUGAUCAUCAACAGUGAUGGAGUUUGAUAAUUUCCUGUUCAUGUAACUUAUUUAUUCAUUCGUCACCUGUUAAAUUUGAAUAUAAUUGAAUGAAUUUUGGUGGUGAAAAUUUUAAGAGUAUGGAUUAUAAUUUUGCUUAAAAAAUAAUUUUAAAUUGCUCAGAGUUUCUCUUUUUGUCAUCCUUGAGAAAAUAAGUAUAUUCUGUUGGUCAAGUUUGUAUAGUUUAAAAAGAAAAUACUAUUAAUUUGAGAUCAGUUUAUUGGUUU